UCCAGCUAUAAAUACAGGAUGCAACCCCAGAGUCCAGGUGCCAAACUCAGUCUUGAAAUCGCCGAAAUCACAUCUCUUCCUUCCGGUCUAGCUUGUUGUUCUUGUUCUAUUUCAUUUGUAAAGAACCUAUCUUUACAAAUCCUCCAGUUCCAAAAGUAUGGAAGAAGCACUUAGAAGACUCAACGGAGUGCCGAGCCAUAUGCCAGAAUCCAACUCGUACGAACCCAUAAUCGCCGACAUGCAGAAGAAGUCCGCGCCUACCACCACAACAAACAAAAGGUCACUGAAAGAAGGUGGUGGCAAUAGUGGAAACAUGAGGUACCGUGGCGUCCGUAGGAGGCCAUGGGGUCGUUAUGCAGCCGAGAUAAGGGAUCCUCAGUCUAAGGAACGGCGUUGGCUUGGCACUUUUGACACUGCUGAGGAGGCUGCUUGUGCCUAUGACUAUGCAGCUCGAGUAAUGCGAGGUAUCAAGGCUCGUACUAAUUUUGUGUACCCUGAGACUUAUUCUGCAACAACUGACUCCCAUAAUUUGCUCCCUCCAUUUACUUUCUCAAAAUCAUCUCAUCAUCAGCCCUCUCGCCAGUAUAAUACAGUGCCCUCUUCAAAUUGGUCUUCUCUAGGUCACUCUCAUGUGGGUGACUUCUCUGCUGGUGGGUCUGCUCCACAGAAGAGUACUAGUGGCACUUCCGCUAACACUUCUACUCUGAACAUGCUUUUUCUCCGUGAUUUCGUAAACUCCUCUUCAGGUUCGUCGUCUCAAAAUCAUUCUCAACCUUUAUAUGAUCACUUUCCCUGCAUCAAUGGGUCCUCCUAUUCUGGUCCUAGUACUUUCGCUGUUGGUUCCUUGGCGAACCCUUCUAGUAACAUCAGUAGUACCGGUCCAUAUAAUUUCUCUGGAACUUUGGCAGAAGACUCAACUGUCACUAGUCUACCCUACAUGGAGUUUAAUCAGAAUUAUACUCCUGGAGUCCUGAACAGUCCCAACUCAAAAGCUGAAGAGUUGGAAUUCUUUCCACAAGAACCAUCUGGCUCUGGUUUGUUGCAAGAAAUUAUUCAAGGGUUUUUGCCUAAGCACUCCACUGAAAAGAUUGACUUUUCAAAAAGCUAUGGAGAGUCAAUGGUUGCACCAUCAGCUGAAAUAAUAUCUGGUGGUCAGUCGCUAGAUGGAUUGAGAAGGAGCACGAAGUACUUCGUUAAAAAUGAGCACCAUGGUGCUUAUCUUGAUCAUGAAGGAAUAAAGUCAUCAGGGCAGCCUGAGGGCUGUUACCGUACUGGGGUUAGUUGUCUUGACCAAGUAUCAUACGAUAAUGAGAUGUCACUCAAUCUUGCAGUGGGUCAGGACUCCUUUAUGGAAGACAUUUUUCAGUACCCAGAUCUUAUGAGUGCCUUCGCAGCUAGGUUCAGGAAUGCUUGAGGUCUUCUCCUGGUGCAACGUCCACAUGCUGUUAUCCAAGUUAAAGAUGUCUAACGAGCUGCCUGUCGCCUGUGUUAUUGACUACAAAAUUUUUACUUAAUUAACGCAUAAUUCGUUGUUAUCCUCUUAACAGAUCUUUAAGUUAGCCGAUUAUGUUCGAGUUGAUUUCCUGGUUUGCUUUCAUUUAGCUCCCUUCUCUCUCUAUCACAUCUCUAUAUGAUCUCUUCGUUUACUCUGGAACUGAAAAGGUUGUGUUGCGUUUGAUUACGAG